CAACCCCUGCUCUCGUGUGUGUUCCAGGUGGCCACGUUGCUCUGGUAAACCCCAGGUAAGAUGUCUCAUCGGAGUGGGCAAGAGGACCCGGAGCGGUACCUGUUCGUGGACCGGGCCGUCGUUUACAACCCAGCCACGCAGGCCGACUGGACGGCCAAGAAGCUGGUGUGGGUCCCCUCGGAGCGCCAUGGCUUUGAGGCAGCCGGCAUCCGGGAGGAGCGGGGCGACGAGGUGCAGGUGGAGCUGGCGGAGAACGGCAAGAAGGUGAUGAUCAACAAGGACGACAUCCAGAAGAUGAACCCGCCCAAGUUCAGCAAGGUGGAGGACAUGGCCGAGCUCACCUGCCUGAAUGAAGCGUCUGUGCUGCACAACCUGAAGGACAGAUACUACUCAGGACUCAUAUACACAUACUCGGGCCUGUUCUGCGUGGUCAUCAACCCCUACAAGAACCUGCCCAUUUAUUCAGAGAACAUCAUCGAGAUGUACAGAGGGAAGAAGAGGCACGAGAUGCCGCCACACAUCUACGCCAUCUCUGAAUCUGCUUACCGCUGCAUGCUGCAAGAUCGAGAGGACCAAUCAAUCCUUUGCACGGGUGAAUCGGGUGCAGGAAAGACGGAGAACACGAAGAAAGUGAUCCAGUACCUGGCCCACGUCGCCUCCUCACACAAAGGACGCAAAGACCACAACAUUCCUCAACCCGAAUCUCCCAAAGCAUUCAAGCUACAGGGCGAGUUGGAACGCCAGCUCCUGCAAGCCAACCCGAUCCUCGAGUCUUUUGGCAACGCAAAGACGGUGAAGAACGACAACUCGUCUCGCUUUGGGAAGUUCAUCAGAGUCAACUUUGACGUCGCUGGAUACAUCGUCGGGGCCAACAUUGAAACUUACCUCCUGGAGAAGUCGAGGGCCAUCAGACAGGCCAAAGAUGAGAGGACCUUCCACAUCUUCUACCGGCUGCUGGCAGGAGCCGGAGAGCAUCUCAGAACCGACCUUCUCCUCGAAGGCUUUAACAACUACCGCUUCCUGUCCAACGGUAACCUCCCCAUCCCGGGCCAGCAGGACAAGGAUAACUUCCAGGAGACGCUGGAUGCCAUGCACAUCAUGAGCUUCUCCCACGAUGAGAUCGUCUGCAUGUUGAAGAUCGUCUCUGCCGUGCUGCAGUUUGGAAACAUCGUCUUUAAGAAGGAACGAAACACGGAUCAGGCGUCCAUGCCUGAGAACACGGCUGCUCAGAAGCUCUGCCACCUGCUCGGGAUGAACGUCAUGGAGUUCACUCGAGCCAUUCUCACCCCGAGGAUCAAAGUGGGACGAGACUACGUGCAGAAGGCGCAGACCAAAGAACAGGCUGACUUUGCCAUUGAAGCUCUGGCGAAGGCGACGUACGAGCGGCUGUUCCGCUGGCUCGUCCAUCGCAUCAACAAAGCUCUGGACAGAACCAAACGGCAGGGGGCGUCCUUCAUCGGCAUCCUGGACAUCGCCGGGUUUGAGAUCUUUGAGCUGAACUCGUUCGAGCAGCUGUGCAUCAACUACACCAACGAGAAGCUGCAGCAGCUCUUCAACCACACCAUGUUCAUCCUGGAGCAGGAGGAGUACCAGAGGGAGGGCAUCGAGUGGAGCUUCAUCGACUUCGGCCUCGACCUGCAGCCCUGCAUCGACCUCAUCGAGAGGCCGACAAACCCUCCCGGUAUCCUCGCUCUCCUCGAUGAGGAGUGCUGGUUCCCUAAAGCCACAGACAAGACGUUCAUAGACAAAGUGCUGCAGGAGCAGGGAACGCACUCCAAGUUUCAGAAGCCGCGACAGCUCAAAGACAAAGCCGACUUCUGCAUCAUUCACUACGCAGGCAAGGUGGACUACAAAGCUGACGAGUGGCUCAUGAAGAACAUGGAUCCUCUGAACGAUAACGUGGCCACGCUGCUGCACCAGUCCACUGACAAGUUUGUGGCUGAGCUCUGGAAAGAUGACAUUCAGACGUUUCAGAGAGCCUCUUUCUAUGACAAUGUCUCUGGGCUCCAUGAAGCUCCAGUGGACAGAAUCGUGGGUCUGGAUCAGGUCGCCGGCAUGAACGAGACGGCGUUUGGUGCCGCCUACAAGACCAAGAAGGGCAUGUUCCGUACGGUGGGUCAGCUGUACAAAGAGCAGUUAUCCAAACUGAUGGCCACGCUGAGGAACACAAACCCAAACUUUGUGCGCUGCAUCAUCCCCAACCACGAGAAACGGGCGGGUAAACUGGACCCUCACCUGGUUCUGGACCAGCUCAGGUGUAACGGAGUUCUGGAGGGGAUCCGUAUCUGCAGACAGGGUUUCCCGAACCGCAUCGUGUUCCAGGAGUUCAGACAGAGGUACGAGAUCCUCACUCCUAACGCCAUUCCCAAAGGCUUCAUGGAUGGAAAGCAAGCCUGUGAGAGAAUGAUCCGGGCCCUGGAGCUGGACGGGAACUUGUUCCGUAUCGGUCAGAGUAAGAUCUUCUUCAGGGCCGGAGUCCUGGCUCACCUGGAGGAGGAGAGAGACCUGAAGAUCACCGACAUUAUCAUUUACUUCCAGGCCGUCUGCCGGGGAUACCUGGCACGCAAAGCCUUCGCCAAGAAGCAGCAGCAGCUCAGUGCUCUGAAGGUUCUGCAGAGAAACUGUGCAGCUUACCUGAAGCUGCGUCACUGGCAGUGGUGGAGACUCUUCACAAAGGUGAAGCCUCUGCUGCAGGUGACCCGGCAGGAGGAGGAGAUGCAGGCCAAAGACGAGGAGCUGGUGAAGGUGAAGGAGAAGCAGACGAAGGUGGAGGGAGAGCUGGUGGAGAUGGAGAGGAAACACCAGCAGUUAGUGGAGGAGAAGAACAUCCUGGCAGAGCAGCUGCAGGCGGAGACGGAGCUGUUUGCAGAGGCGGAGGAGAUGAGAGCUCGCCUGGCGUCCAAAAAGCAGGAGCUGGAGGAGAUCCUUCACGACCUGGAGUCCAGGCUGGAGGAGGAGGAAGAGAGGGGCCAGGGCCUGCAGAACGAGAAGAAGAAGAUGCAGACACAUAUCCAGGACCUGGAGGAGCAGCUGGACGAGGAGGAGGCCGGCCGGCAGAAGCUGCAGCUGGAGAAAGUGACGGCCGAGGCCAAACUGAAGAAGUAUGAAGAGGACAUUUUGCUGCUAGAAGACCAGAACUCCAAGUUCAUCAAGGAGAAGAAGCUGCUGGAGGACCGAAUCAACGAGAUGACCUCGACGCUCGCAGAAGAAGAAGAAAAGGCCAAAAACCUGGGCAAGGUGAAGAACAAGCAGGAGAUGAUGAUGGUCGACCUGGAGGAGCGGCUGAAGAAGGAGGAGAAGACGCGUCAGGAGCUGGAGAAGGCGAAGAGGAAGCUGGACGGUGAGACGACUGACUUUCAGGAUCAGAUCGGCGAGCUGCAGGCUCAGAUCGAAGAGCUCAAAGUUCAGCUGAGCAAGAAGGAAGAAGAGCAGCAGAUGAUGCAGACCAGGUGCGAGGAGGAGGUGAGUCAGAGGAACAACGCUCUGAAGCAGGUGAGGGAGAUGCAGGCUCAGCUGGCCGAGCUGCAGGAGGACCUGGAAUCAGAGAAAGUGUCUCGAAACAAGGCGGAGAAACUGAAGAGGGACCUGAGCGAGGAGCUGGAGGCUUUAAAGACCGAACUGGAGGACACGCUGGAUACCACCGCCGCCCAGCAGGAACUCAGGACGAAGCGUGAACAGGAAGUAACUGAGCUGAAGAAGACCAUCGAUGACGAGUCUAAAAACCACGAGGCUCAGAUCCAGGAGAUCAGACAGCGUCACGGCACCGCACUGGAGGAGCUGUCUGAACAGCUGGAGCAGGCCAAGAGGUUCAAGGCCAACCUGGAAAAGACCAAGCAGAGCCAGGAGAGCACCAACAAGGAGCUGGCCUGCGAGGUGAAGACUCUGCAGCAGACCAAGACCGAGUCCGAGCACAAGAGGAAGAAAUUGGAGUCUCAGCUGCAGGAGUACGUCGCCCGAGUCACCGAGGGAGAGAGGGCGAAGGGCGAGCUGGCCGAGCGGACGCACAAACUGCAGACUGAGCUGGACAACGUGUCGGCCAUGUUGGAAGACGCAGAGAGGAAGGGGAUCAAGAUGGCCAAAGACGUCUCUGGACUGGAGAGUCAGCUGCAGGACACGCAGGAGCUGCUGCAGGAGGAGACGCGUCAGAAACUGAACCUGAGCAGUCGUAUCCGUCAGCUGGAGGAGGAGAAGAACGCUGUGCAGGAGCAGCAGGAGGAGGACGAGGAGGCACGCAAGAAUCUGGAGAAACAGAUGUUGACGCUUCAGGCUCAGCUCUCGGAGAGUAAGAAGAAGCUGGAGGACGACGUGGGAACAAUUGAGGGUCUGGAGGAGACGAAGAAGAGGCUGCUGAAGGACUUUGAGCUGGCCAGCCAGCGUCUGGAGGAGAAGACCAUCGGCUUUGAGAAGAUGGAGAAGACCAAGACGCGCCUGCAGCAGGAGCUGGAUGACCUCACUGUCGACCUGGACCACCAGAGACAGAUCGUCUCCAGCCUGGAGAAGAAACAGAAGAAGUUUGACCAGAUGCUGGCUGAGGAGAAGAGCAUCUCGGCUCGUUACGCUGAGGAGCGCGACAGAGCUGAGGCCGAGGCUCGAGAGAAGGAUACCAAAGCUCUGUCCAUGGCCAGAGCUCUGGACGAGGCGCUGGAGGCCAAAGAGGAGCUGGAGAGGGUCAACAAGCAGCUACGAGCCGAAAUGGAAGAUCUGAUGAGCUCAAAGGACGACGUGGGCAAGAAUGUCCACGAGCUGGAGAAGUCCAAGCGAACUCUGGAGCAGCAGCUGGAGGAGAUGAAGACGCAGCUGGAGGAGCUGGAGGACGAGCUGCAGGCCACAGAGGACGCCAAGCUGCGUCUGGAGGUCAACAUGCAGGCCAUGAAAGCUCAGUACGAGAGAGACCUGCAGGGACGAGACGACCAGAGCGACGAGAAGAAGAGAGCGCUCGUCAAACAGGUGCGAGAAAUGGAGGCGGAGCUAGAGGACGAGAGGAAGCAGAGAGCUUUGGCUGUGGCGGCUAAAAAGAAGCUGGAGAUGGAUCUAAAGGACAUCGAGGGUCACAUCGAGGGAGCCAACAAGGCUCGAGACGAAGCCAUCAAACAGCUGCGCAAGCUUCAGGCCCAAAUGAAGGACUACCAGCGGGAGCUAGAAGACGCCCGAGCCUCCAGAGACGAUAUCUUCGCCUUAUCGAAGGAAAACGAGAAGAAACUGAAGAGUUUGGAGGCUGAGAUCGUUCAGCUGCACGAGGACCUGGCAGCGUCUGAGAGAGGUCGGCGUCACGCCGAGCAGGAACGGGACGAGCUGCAGGAUGAAAUCUCCAACAGCACAUCUGGAAAGUCGGCUCUGAUGGACGAGAAGAGGAGGCUGGAGGCUCGUAUCGCUCAGCUGGAGGAGGAGCUGGAGGAGGAGCAGGGCAACAUGGAGCUGCUCAACGACCGCUUCAGAAAGACGACCAUGCAGGUGGACACUCUGAGCACGGAGCUGAGUGCAGAGCGCAGCACGGCACAGAAAAGCGAAAACGCCCGUCAGCAGCUCGAGCGUCAGAAUAAGGAGCUUCGGGCCAAACUGGGCGAGCUGGAGGGUUCUGUGAAGAGCAGGUUCAAGGCCUCCAUCACCGCGCUGGAGGCCAAGAUCGCACAGCUGGAGGAGCAGCUGGAGCAGGAGGCCAAGGAGCGAGCUGCAGCCAAUAAGAUCGUGAGGAGGACCGAGAAGAAGCUGAAAGAAAUCUGCAUGCAAGUGGAGGAUGAGCGUCGCCAUGCCGACCAGUUUAAAGAACAAGUCGAAAAGGGGAACUCUCGCAUGAAGCAGCUGAAGCGGCAGCUGGAGGAGACUGAAGAGGAGGCGACGAGGUCGAACGCCUCCCGCAGGAAGCUGCAGAGAGAGCUGGACGACGCCACCGAGGCCAGUGAGGGUCUGAGCCGAGAGGUGCACACGCUCAAGAACCGCCUCAGGCGUGGCGGCCCCAUCAGCUUCUCGUCCAGCCGCUCGGGCAGACGUCAGCUGCAGGUGGAGGGCACGUCUUCUCUGGACCUCCUCUCUGACGACGAGCUGGAAAACAAGAUCACAGACAACAACGCCAACGAGACUCCAGCUACACCCCAACCCCAGCAGCAGGAAUAGACGAGGAAAUAACGCCUUAACCUUCAAUCUCCCAGAUCACAAAAUAAAACACUCAGCCACCUCCUCCCAGCUGCUCUAACCAUACUCAUACAGCGGCCAUUUUUAUCUGACAUCAAGCUCAGAGUGGGAACAUAGAAUUCUGUUUUAAGUCUGCGUCUUAUAUCAACAUUCAGAUGAAGUGAUAGUAGAUACCAGCUUUGAAAUAAUGUCUCAUGGGGCGCUGGUAGCCUAGUGGUUAGUGCGCACGCCCCAUGUAUGGACGCUGUAGUCCUCAAAGUGGGCGGCCCGGGUUCAAAUCCGACCUGUGGCUCCUUUCCCGCAUGUCAAUCCCCACUCUCUCUCUCCCUGGUUUCAGACUCUAUCCACUGUCCUAUCUCUGAAAUAAAGCCCCAAAAUAAACCUUUAAAAUAAUGUCUCAUGUUAGCAUUUAGCCGCUUUCUAUGAGGGGCUAAAUGCUAACACUACCAUAUAAGGAUGUAACAAUCCACUCAACUCACGCUAUGAAUCACAAUACUGGGUCCCCAAUAUGAUUUCAUCCUAUCAAAAUAUUAUUUUUCAUAUUUUUACGCCUCUCUUCCUCGGCUAAUUAUGUUGAAACAACAGAGGCCAAAAGCAGAUAGCACCCUCUGCUGGUUCAAAUUGAGUAUUGCAAUAUAUGUUUUUUUGUCUAGUCGAUUUAAAUCGUCCUUUAUUUGUAUCAAUUUUUAAAAGUAUCACAAGCUAUCUGUAUGUCCCUGUUACCAUAUUAUUAUGUUACACAGCGUGGUAAUCAAGGCUUAUGCUGACGCUAAUGUGAGCUAGGAAGUGGCUGAAUGCUAACAUUAGCUAUUUUCUGAACGUAGCUAACGGGUUCAAAUAGGUUCAUCUGCCCAAUUUCUCUUUCUCUCUGUUGGUAGAAAUGUUUUGGACAUUAUGAGAAUUUGUCCGAUGUAUAUACGACCUAAUCACCUGGAAGACGUUCAUCAUUUUAUCAUCCUUUAAGGUUUCCAUCCUGAGCUUGAAUCAGACGUAAAUAUGGCCAUCGUGAGAAUAUGUUGUCCUGUUAGCCCAUGUUAACGGGAUCUCUCCAAGCACAUGCAGCAUGAUCAAAACAGGAUUCAUCUAUAAAUCCUGACGCUGUAUCUCAGCCCUGACACCAGCAGACGGACCCCCCCCCCCCAAACGCUCAGCCCUCUUACGAAGCACUUCUCUGCCUUAUACCCCUCGUUAUCGAGCUGCAGAAAAGACGUGCUUUAUCGUAACCUGCACAGAACCUGCACCUGAAGAAACAAAGCACGUUAA